GCAGCUCAAAAACUGGCCGUUUUCGAUGAUUUUAACGGGUGGGAAAGUCAAGUCAAGUUUAUUUGUCACAUACACAUACGAGAUGUGCAGUGAAAUGAAAGUGGCAAUGCUCGCGGACUUUUGUGCAAAAGACAAACAACAAAACAACCAAACAAAUUAUAAACACAAUCAUAACACACAUAUUCUUUUACAUAAUAAAUAAUGGAAGGAAAAAAAACGUUCUGUAGAGUUAGUCCCUGGUGAGAUAGGCGUUUACAGUCCGAAUUGCCUCUGGGAAGAAACUCCUUCUCAACCUCUCCGUUCUCACCGCAUGGCAACGGAGGCGUUUGCCUGACCGUAGCAGCUGGAACACUCCGUUGCAGGGGUGGAAGGGGUCUUCCAUGCUUUUAUUUGCUCUGGAGUUGCACCUCCUGUUGUAUCGUUCCUGCAGGGGGAUGAGUGAAGUUCCCAUAGUGCGUUCGGCCGAACGCACUACUCUCUGCAGAGCCUUCUUAUCCUUGGCAGAGCAAUUCCCAAACCAGAUGGUAAUGUUCCCGGACAAGAUGCUUUCCACCGCCGCUGCGUAGAAGCACUGGAGGAUCCUCGGAGACACUCUGAAUUUCCUCAAUUGCCUGAGGUGGUAAUGGCGCUGCCUUGCCUUACUCACAAGUGCUGAGGCGUGUGAUGCCCAUGUCAUAUCCUCAGAUAUGUGGACUCCCAGAUAUUUAAAACAGUUCACCCUAUCCACAGGAUCCCCAUUUAUCCUCAAUGGAGUGUACGUCCUCGGAUGAUGUGCCCUCCUAAAGUCCAUGAUCAGCUCCUUUGUUUUUUUGAUGUUCAAGAGGAGGCUGUUAUCCUGGCACCAGAGUGCUAGAAUCAGCCACCUCCUCCCGGUAGGCCUUCUCAUGGUGCGUGUUUUCCCAUUCACUAACAUGUACCGGAUGUAUAGCAUGUACUCCACUUGAGAUUUUCGGUAACGUGGGUGCGGAUCUAUGCUCCAGUGACCUUUCGUGAAAUCACCCUAUUCAGGCAGCAUGGAUGGAAUGAGAAAUUAUCAAUGUUUUGGGUCUGACCCUUUGCCGCUUCUCUCGCCACAAAUACUGACACAGUUUUUGUUUUUUUUACCAACACUUUGUUGAAAUAUAACAAUUGUACUGAGUAAUCUCCAGCUUUCUAAUGUAUUGAUUGGUACGUUCACAUUUUGUGGAUGCAAGUGAUGGUUUGGUAUAUCAGAUUGUUUAAUCUGCAACAAUAAAGGAAUUUCAUUGUAAAUUUCCCCCUUCCCAUUCUGAGUGCAGAUCAUUUUACAGCCCAUUUAGUUGCUAUAAAUUGUAAUAUUUUUGUAUUGACUCAAUUUUGUGCAUUACAAUUUAAAUUGUGUACAUUUGCCAACGUGUUUUCCAGUUUACUACUUCCCUGAAGAUGUUGACUCGUACUGGGGGUACUGUUCCAUAUCGUUGGGCAUCCUCUGGUAUCUUGCCUAAGUGGUUGCUGUUCAGUACCAACCUAGACAGUGAGUGUUGGCAGGCGAUUUCACUGUGGUGUAUCACAUCUGAGCCCAGUCCUGUCAUUGUCUGACAUCCAGAGUGUUUUUUGUAGUAAGAGUUGCAGCAUAGUGACAGGAGUCGGUAUCUUCUUGUUCCUCCAUACUUUUGUCAAUAUACUGAAGAUUCAGCUUAGCGUAAAGUCAGGGUAUCAUGUCAGAUGUAGCUGGAACCAUCAGAUGGUCUUUGAUGGAUUUCAUAACUUGGCAAUUUCCGGAUUUUAAACAGUUUUUCUAGUUUGAUCACAAGUGAAUUCUAAUUUACUCAUUAAAAAGAUAAGCAGAUAUUCUAUAAUACCUAAGCAGGGAGGAGGCAAAUUGUGACAAACUUUGUUGCAUGUUACAUCUAAUCUCCUGUGUUCUGAAGUACUCCGAAAGUGCAAUUAUCUGUCCUAUCAGAUUUGCCUCUAAAAUAGUGGUAAAUUUAAACAUGAAUUUUGUAUGUUAAUGCAGAGUGAGUCUGCAGCGAUGCAACUGACAAGGCAAUGAUGACAGGAAUUACAUCGUUUUUUCUUGCAGUGAUCUAUGCCAGCCAUAAUGACUAUUUUAGCGGAUCACGCAGCUCGCCAGCUGCUGGACUUCACUCAGAAGCUUGAUAUAAACCUUUUGGACAAUGUGGUAAAUUGUCUGUAUCAUGGAGAAGGGGCACAGCAAAGAAUGGCUCAAGAGGUUUUAACUCAUUUAAAGGAGCAUCCUGAUGCAUGGACAAGAGUUGACACUAUUCUGGAGUUUUCACAAAAUAUGAAUACUAAAUAUUACGCACUGCAGAUCUUGGAAAAUGUAAUAAAAACUAGAUGGAAGAUUCUCCCAAGAAAUCAAUGUGAAGGAAUUAAAAAAUAUGUUGUUGGAUUGAUUAUUAAGACUUCAUCUGAUCCUGUAAACAUUGAGAAGGAAAAAGUUUACAUUGGGAAGCUGAAUAUGAUUCUGGUUCAGAUACUCAAACAGGAAUGGCCAAAACACUGGCCUACAUUCAUCAGUGACAUCGUCGGAGCAAGCAGAACCAGCGAGAGCCUAUGUCAGAACAACAUGAUUAUUCUCAAAUUAUUGAGUGAGGAAGUGUUUGAUUUCUCCAGUGGGCAAAUGACCCAAGUUAAAGCAAAACAUCUAAAGGACAGCAUGUGCAAUGAAUUCUCUCAAAUAUUCCAGCUGUGCCAAUUUGUCAUGGAAAACUCUCAAAAUGCACCUCUUGUUCAAGCAACCUUAGAAACAUUGCUGAGGUUCUUAAACUGGAUUCCGCUUGGAUAUAUCUUUGAAACUAAACUAAUUAGCACGCUAGUAUAUAAAUUUCUCAAUGUACCCAUGUUCAGAAAUGUUACUCUGAAGUGCCUGACAGAGAUAGCUGGAGUAAGCGUUAGCCAGUAUGAAGAACAGUUUGUUACUCUCUUCACCCUAACAAUGAUACAGCUGAAGCAGAUGCUUCCCUUAAAUACCAAUAUACGAAUGGCAUAUGCAAACGGCAAGGAUGAUGAGCAGAACUUCAUCCAGAACUUGAGUCUAUUUCUUUGUACUUUCUUAAAAGAACAUGGACAGCUCGUUGAAAAAAGAUUGAAUUUAAGAGAAACUCUUAUGGAGGCUCUUCAUUACAUGCUGCUGGUCUCUGAAGUGGAAGAAACUGAAAUUUUCAAAAUUUGUUUGGAGUAUUGGAAUCAUUUGUCUUCUGAGCUCUAUAGGGAAAGUCCCUUCUCAACACCUGCAGCACCUGUGCUUUCUGGAAGUCAGCAUUUUGAUGUGCCUCCAAGAAGACAACUUUAUUUGCCAGUAUUAUCCAAGGUUCGUCUUCUAAUGGUCAGUCGUAUGGCCAAGCCGGAAGAGGUAUUAGUGGUGGAAAAUGACCAAGGAGAGGUUGUGCGAGAGUUUAUGAAAGAUACAGAUUCCAUCAACUUGUAUAAAAAUAUGAGGGAAACGCUUGUGUACCUUACUCAUUUGGAUUAUGCUGAUACUGAGCGCAUUAUGACAGACAAGCUUCACAACCAGGUGAAUGGUACUGAGUGGUCAUGGAAAAAUCUGAACACCCUCUGUUGGGCUAUUGGUUCCAUUAGUGGCGCUAUGCACGAGGAAGAUGAGAAGAGAUUUCUGGUAACGGUUAUCAAAGAUCUUUUGGGACUGUGUGAACAGAAGAGGGGGAAAGACAACAAAGCCAUUAUUGCAUCAAAUAUCAUGUAUAUUGUGGGACAGUACCCACGUUUCUUGAGAGCUCACUGGAAGUUUUUAAAAACAGUGGUUAACAAACUGUUUGAAUUUAUGCAUGAAACUCAUGAUGGAGUUCAAGAUAUGGCAUGUGAUACUUUCAUUAAAAUUGCUCAAAAAUGUCGUCGACACUUUGUUCAGGUGCAAGUUGGAGAAGUAAUGCCAUUCAUCGAUGAGAUUCUGAAUAAUAUAAAUACAAUAAUUUGUGAUCUUCAACCACAACAGGUUCACACUUUUUAUGAAGCUGUUGGUUAUAUGAUUGGUGCUCAGACAGAUCAGACAGUGCAAGAACAUUUAAUAGAAAAAUACAUGAUGCUACCGAAUCAGGUCUGGGACAGUAUUAUACAACAAGCAACUAAAAAUGUUGACAUUCUUAAGGACCCUGAGACUGUAAAACAGCUUGGCAGUAUUCUGAAAACAAAUGUUCGGGCCUGUAAAGCUGUUGGUCAUCCAUUUGUCAUCCAGCUUGGUCGAAUCUAUCUGGAUAUGUUGAACGUGUACAAGUGCCUCAGUGAAAAUAUUUCAGCAGCAAUUCAAGCAAAUGGUGAUAUGGUUACAAAACAGCCCUUAAUCAGAAGUAUGCGGACAGUAAAAAGGGAGACUCUGAAGCUUAUUUCCGGUUGGGUGAGCAGAUCCAAUGAUCCACAGAUGGUGGGUGAAAAUUUUGUUCCUCCUUUGCUGGAUGCAGUGCUUAUUGACUAUCAAAGAAAUGUACCAGCUGCGAGAGAACCAGAAGUGCUUAGCACCAUGGCAACCAUCGUGAACAAAUUGAGCGGACAUAUUACAUCAGAAAUUCCUCAGAUAUUUGAUGCUGUCUUCGAAUGCACUUUAAAUAUGAUUAAUAAGGACUUCGAAGAAUAUCCAGAACAUAGAACAAAUUUCUUCCUGCUUUUACAAGCUGUUAAUUCUCAUUGUUUCCCAGCAUUCCUAGCCAUUCCUCCAGCACAAUUUAAGCUAGUUUUAGAUUCCAUUAUAUGGGCUUUUAAACACACCAUGAGAAAUGUUGCUGAUACAGGUCUACAGAUUCUCUACACACUUCUGCAAAAUGUUGCGCAGGAAGAAGCAGCAGCGCAAAGUUUCUAUCAGACAUAUUUUUGUGAUGUCCUCCAACACAUCUUUUCCGUUGUCACAGAUACAUCUCACACUGCUGGUUUGACAAUGCAUGCAUCAAUACUUGCAUACAUGUUUAAUCUGGUGGAGGAAGGAAAAAUAUCAGUACCCCUUAACCCAACAAAUCCUGUCACCAAUCAUGUAUUCAUUCAGGAUUAUGUGGCUAAUCUAUUGAAAUCUGCUUUUCCACAUCUACAAGAGGCACAAGUAAAGUUAUUUGUAACUGGGCUUUUCAGUUUGAAUCAAGACAUUGCAGCUUUUAAAGAACAUCUGAGAGAUUUCCUUGUCCAAAUCAAGGAGUUUGCUGGAGAAGAUAGUGCUGAUUUGUUCUUGGAAGAAAGAGAAGCUGCUUUACGCCAGGCACAAGAAGAAAAACAUAAACUUCAAAUGUCUGUUCCUGGUAUUCUUAAUCCACAUGAAAUCCCUGAGGAAAUGUAUGAUUGAGAUAAGGAGUAAACCAAGUUGUGCUGUUUCUUCUGUUCAGCCUUCAUUAAUGUAGCUUUGCAGAAGAUAAUGCACAAGUGUCUUGACCAAAAAUGAUGCCAAUAUAUGUAUAUUAAAUCCUUUGUCACCUGAUAGCUCUUUUUACUUAGUAUGCGAUUUGUAUGGAAGUUUUUUCUUGUGUAAUAUCUUUCCAUUGUUAUAAAUUCAAAGUUUUGUCAUCUUUGUUUAGAUUUGCAUGCAGUUGUAUGAAUCAAAUCACUUUUGAAAGAUCAGUUGUGUCCCAUUUUAUGGUUUGGGAGGGGAGGAAAGAGAGCUGAGGGCAUUGCUGUGCCUCUGCUUGCAAAGUGUACAGGAGAGAUAGGAAUUAUUUUCAGUAAUUGAUGACCAUUCUCUUAAAUUGGGUGUGUGUUACUUUGUUGUAGCAUAGCCUUUAUGCAACCUAGGAAUGAAAGUGAUUGGGUGGGGUGGGGGUGGGGAUAUUCGAAGCAUAGUGUCAGGCAUGUCCAAGUGCUGCUUUUCAAUUGUAUCUAUGGGUAGUUGGAAGAAAUGGUAAUGCUUGACUGAAUUAAUGCAAUUCUAGCCUGAUAGGUUUGCGGCAAGAUCAUGUGCACAUCAUCCCAGUGUAAAGCAUCUUGAAUGACUUGGGAACACAGUACACUUGGUUAUUUUUUAUGAAUUUUUUUUGUCUAUGUAUGUGCUGUCGCUUUGUCGACAACAGCUUUUUGUUUUCCUCAAUGAGGAGUGUUGCUCAUUUGUUGAGCCUUCAUUAAUUCUAAGUGAAAGUAGUUAAAUAUUUAUCGAGUUGGCAUAGGCUGCAUCUUUAUAAACAGCUCAUGAAAAUACUGAUGGCUUUUGAGAUGACUUGUACUAAUUUACGUUGUUUACCAUGCUGUAGUGCUUCAAGAACACUACUUAAGAGCAAAAUAAAUUUGGUUUACAUUUAAA